CAAAGUCCUAGAUCUACUUGAUCCCUUUAUCAAGGCUUUAGGAGCAGACAAAUCAAGAGUGAAGCUGAAAAUUUGGGAAAGAUGAUUCGAAGUAGAUCUAAAAGUCCUCGGCGUCCUUCUCCACCUCCCAGGGGAGCAAAUUGUGAAUCAGACCUUAUGAAAACAAGAGAUCGUGAGGAACUUAAGUGUAUGUUGGAAAAAUAUGAGCGUCACUUGGCUGAAAUUCAGGGUAAUGUCAAAGUUCUCACAUCUGAAAGAGACAAGACCUUUCUUCUUUAUGAACAGGCACAGGAAGAAAUAGCCAGACUAAGACGAGAAAUGAUGAAAAAUUGCAAGUCUCCUAAUAAAGCAACAUCAACAGCCCAUGCAAUCUUACGACGGGUAGAAACAGAAAGAGAUGUGGCCUUCACUGACUUACGAAGAAUGACCACAGAACGAGAUAGUCUGAGGGAGAGGUUAAAGAUUUCCCAAGAGACUGCAUUUAAUGAGAAGGCUCACCUGGAACAGAGAGUAGAAGAGUUGGAGUCUACAGUUCACAGUCUUGAUGAUGAACGUCUAGAACAAAUGGCAAACAUGACUUUGAUGAAAGAUACCAUAACUACUGUGGAAAAGGAGAUGAAAGCAUUAGCACGAAAAGCAAUGGAUACAGAAAGUGAACUUGGCAGACAAAAAGCAGAAAAUAAUUCACUGAGGCUUUUGUAUGAAAACACAGAAAAGGAUCUUUCAGACACUCAGCGACACCUUGCUAAAAAGAAAUAUGAGCUGCAACUUACUCAGGAGAAAAUUAUGUGUUUGGAUGAAAAGAUCGAUAAUUUUACAAGACAAAGUAUUGCCCAGCGAGAAGAAAUCAACAUUCUUGGUGCAACACUCAGUGAUAUGGCUAAAGAAAAGGAAUGCCUGCAGGCAUGCUUGGAUAAAAAAUCUGAGAAUAUUGCUUCCCUUGGAGAGAGCUUGGCAAUGAAAGAAAGGACGAUUUCAGGCAUGAAGAAUAUCAUUGCUGAAAUGGAACAGGCAUCAAGACAGUCAACUGAAGCUCUUAUCAUGUGUGAACAAGACAUUUCCAGGAUGCGUAGACAAUUGGAUGAAACAAAUAAUGAACUAACUCAGAUUGCUAGAGAAAGAGAGGCCUUGGCUCGGGAUAAUGAUAAAUUACAAGAGUCAAUCUCUAGAAUUAAGCAGGAAAACCAGGUGUUAAACAAAAAAUUGUCUGAAAUUCAAGUUGAUUAUAAUGAAUUAAAAACAAAGAACCAAGAGAAUAGCAGUGAUAUUAGCAAGAUGAAGUCACUACUGAAGGCUGAAGAGGCUGAGAACCGACAACUUAUGGAGGACCUUCGAAAGGCUGUUGAACAGGCUGAAAGCUGGGAAUCCAAGGCCCACCAAGCAGAAACAGAGAACAACACACUCAAACUGGAACUUUUAAGUGCAGAGUCAGAGAAUAACAGACUAAAAGAAAAAGUGGACUCACUCAACAGAGAAGUUGAGCAACACUUAAAUGCAGAAAGGUUGUACAAGUCUCAGAUUUCCACAUUGCACAAAUCCCUUUUAAAGAUGGAAGAGGAACUUCAGAAGGUUCAGUUUGAAAAAGUCUCUGCCCUUGCAGAUUUGUCUUCUACACGGGAACUCUGUAUUAAACUGGACUCUAGCAAAGAACUGCUCAGUCGACAGCUUAUUGCCAAAGACCAAGAAAUAGAUAUGGUGGAGAAUGAGUUAGAUUCUGCUCGAAAUGAAAUAGAGCUUCUUAGGAAUCAGAUGGCGAAUGAUAGAAUCUCCAUGCAGAAUCUAGAAGCUUUGCUGGUGGCCAAUCGAGACAAAGAAUACCAGUCUCAAGUAGCACUUCAAGAAAAGGAGUCUGAAAUUCAGCUUCUAAAAGAGCACCUUUGUUUGGCUGAAAAUAAAAUGGCCAUCCAAAGUCGAGACGUUGCCCAGUUCAGAAAUGUAGUAACACAACUGGAAGCUGAUCUAGAUAUUACAAAAAGACAGCUAGGAACAGAGCGCUUUGAAAGAGAGCGGGCUGUACAAGAACUUCGCCGCCAGAAUUAUUCUUCUACCAAUUAUUACCACUUGAGCUCUACGAUAAAACCAACUCCUAGGUGUCAUUCACCUGACCGUGCCCUUCAUCGAUCCCCUGAUCGAGGCCUAGACAGAUCAUUGGAAGAGAAUCUGACCUUUAGAGAUUUUUGA